AUGGCAAUACAAUCGAAAAUUCAAAUAGAAAAAUAUCAAUUUGGUAUUGAUAUUCGUAAAAUACGUCAAAUCUAUGGAGAAAAAAAUAAUGAUCAAUCAAGUUAUACAGAAAAAUCAGAUGUUUAUUCAAUGGGUGUUUUAAUGUGGGAAGCUUUAUCAAAUAGUGAAAUUCCUUAUUCAUAUAUUGUUGAUAAUAAUCUAGUUGUAAAAUCGUUGCUUUUUCCUUUAAAACCAUCGACAAGCUACACUUUUAAACUUAAUGUUGAUGUAACAAGGAAUGGUUUAUUAGGUGGUAGAUUUCGUAAAAUCUAUGAAGCUCAAUGGAUAUCAAGAAGAAAGAAAUCCAUUAUUUUGAUUGAAAUGAGUGAAGCCCCAACAAAACACGAAGUAUUAUUUUACAACGAACUCAACAAUCAUCAAGAUAUUAUCAACACAUUCGGAUUUGUUGAAAAUAAUUUUGGAACUAUUACGUUAUUGCAAGAACGAGCAUCUCAUGGUCAUUUUCAAGAACUAUUAAAACAGAAAUUAUUUGAACCAUCAUCCAUGGUACUCAUUGUCAUUUUCUUACAGAUUAUUGAUGCAAUGGUUUACAUCGUUGGCAAAGGCAUGAUACAUGAUGAUUUACGUUGUUCGAAUGUUCUUGUCUUUCAAAUGGAUUCAUCUAAACCUGAAGAAAACUUUGUUAAACUAGCCAAUUUUGCUUUAGCAUGA